UAUUGACGCAAGCGAUGAAAGAUGAAACUAGGAAAGCAGAGUUCUGUGUAUAUAAAUAGGAUGAACUCUGAAUUAGAUAUUAAAUAUUUUUUAAAACAACUGAAAUUUACUUAAAGAUAUUUAUAAAAUUAAGGAUAAUUUCAAGUUAUGGAGGGUAAACCUGGCAGAUUAGUUAGAGCUGUCUAUGACUUUCCUACAGAUGACCCAUCUGAGUUGCCAUUACUAAUAGGCGAUAUAGUCCAAGUAAAAGAAAGAAUCGAUAAACAGUGGUCUUUGGGUAUUUCUAAUAAUCGUGAAGGUAACUUUCCUAUUGGAUUCACUAUUGAAGUGAAAAUUCCUCCUUUUUCUGAGGAGGAUCGUCUGUUUGCUGUGACUAAUGAUUUUUAUGCUCAAGAAGAUGGAGAUCUAACAAUGAAAAAGGGUGAUAUAGUUAUUGGAAAGCAAGCUAUUGAUUCAAAUUGGUGGAGAGGGGAAAUUGAAGAACAAAGUGGUAUAUUUCCACUUACACAUGUUUGGGAAAUAGAUAAAAAAUUGCUUCCUAAAUCUAGCUCUCUUAAAAAAAUGGCUUUAAAAGCAAGAGUGAAAAUGAACUUGAAAGCUCAAAUUGAUGAAGAAAUGGAUCUGUAUCAGGAUGAAAUUGUCACAAUUAUUGAAGAAGUAGAUAAAGGAUGGUAUAGGGGUGAAUGCAAUGGUAGACAAGGAAUUUUUCCAGCAUCUUUUGUAACCAUUAUAACUGAAGAUAAUGUUCCUUCUAUAUCUGAACCUGCUACAAUUGCUUCUACUAAUAACAUUAUUCAAAAUGACAAUCAUACUGGAUAUGAUUGCAUUAAUAGUGGUAUCAGACCAUAUGGAAGAACAACAUAUCCUUUUAAAGCAGAAUAUGCCAAUGAAUUAAGCUUCCAAGGUGGUGAGAUUGUAAAUUUGAUACGAUAUGUUGAUGAUAAUUGGUUAGAGGGUGAAAUUGAUGGAAAAGUUGGAAUUUUUCCAGCCAAUUUCAUUAAUAUUGUUGUUGAUUGUCCAAAAUCAAAAGAAGGAUGUUCUGAAAGCAAAGAAAAUGGCAAUGAUAAUGAUAUGAACUUAUUUCCUGAAGAUACUUAUGGUAGAGUAAAAUAUGAUUUCAAUCCUCAGCUUGAAGGUGAUGUUACAUUAAAAGAAGGUGAUACUGUAACUCUUAUUCGCAAAGUUGAUAGUAAUUGGUAUGAAGUUGUUACUGACAAUGGUGAAACAGGAAUAUGUCCUGAAUCAUAUAUAGAAAUCAUUGGUAGUGGUCCACCUUCUUACAAUGAAGUAAUGGGCGCUAUAUAUGAUUUUCCAGUUAAUCAAUCUUCAGUAGCUAUUGAUAAUGAUUUUGGUAAAAUGAAAAAUUCUAAUUUAACUUUUGGAGAUUCUUCUAGUUUUGCCAAUUCAAAUUCUUUUUCUAGUCAAAGUGAAAAAAGUGUCAAUUCUAAUUCAGUUUCCUUUGCUCAAAACUUGUCUUCAUAUAACUCUGAAAGUAAUAAUAGCACAUCAGACUCAAGUGUGAAUUCAUUUAAUAUCUAUGAUAAUAAAUCCACAUCAGCUGAUAAUAGUUGGUUUAAUGAUAGUGGUAUAAAUCAAGAUUGGAAAAUUGCAGAAAGAAACAAUUCUUUCCCAUCUUCCAGAGAAACCUAUCAAAAUGUUCCUGAUGUCAAUAUGGGCAGUGAUUUAUUGAACUGGAAUAAUAUAGAUACUGAAAAUUCAAACAGAGAUUCUUUAAUAUCUAUGACAAAAACUCCUGCAAGACCUCCUCCUCCAUCAAAUGUUUCGUACUCUAGAAAUCUCUCUUCUCAGAAUAGCUGUGACUCCUCAGCAAAUAAUGCAAGAUUGUCUUUUGUAUCUGUAUCAAGCCAUAGUAGUUCAGAAACUGAGCGACUUAGUGUGGAUGAACUGAAAAGUCAAUUGCAAAAGAAGGAAGAAACAUUGAAAAUUCGUAUUGCAUGUAAGAACAAAUUAGAAAAUGAAAGAGGGCAGAGCAAUAGCAAUUUUGUUUCAAAUGAAAUGAAAACUCAACUCAAUCAGCUUAAUGGAGAGAUCACACAACUUCAACAAGAAAUUUCUAAUCUCAAAGCACAACUUUCUGAAAAUAGUAGCAAUUGUAGUUCUGAAGAAAGUGAAGCAAGAGAAAGGGAAGUUGCUAGAAAGAAGGAAUUAGAAUUAAAAAGAAGAGAAGAGGAGAAAAAGAGAAAGAUGAAAGAACAACGGGAUUGUAUCAUCACUGAAAUUUUGCAGACUGAAAGAGAUUACUUAUCUGAUCUAAAAUUGCUUCAAGAAAUAUUUUUAAAAAAUCCAAAUGAAGCAAAGGAAAGAGGAAUCAAUAUUCCACUUUUAUUUGGAAAUCUUGAAGAAGUUAUUGAUGUUGCAAGCCGACUUUUGAAAAGACUCCAAAAAGUUUCUACCUCUACUGGUUUAAUAGGUGAAUGCUUUGUGGACUUAAGUGAUGAAAUGAAAGAUGUAUAUGGUCACUAUUGUCGGAACCAUGAUGAAGUGAAUUCUGUGAUAGAUAAGAUUGAUCCUCAUUCUGCAACUGGUCAGUACUUGCAACAUAAAGUAGAAAUAAUGAAACGCCAGACUAAUUGUUUUGAUCUUCCAGCUAUGUUGAUUAAACCAGUUCAGAGAAUUCUGAAAUAUCCUCUCCUCUUAAAUGAGCUUUUGAAGGUGACUGAAGAUAGUCAUCCUGAUAAACAGUGGCUGCUCCAAGCUACUAAUCUUAUGACUGAUGUUGCUAGUGCUGUAAAUGAAUUCAAACGAAAAAAAGAUUUGGUUUUCAAGUAUCGUAAACAGUCUGGUACUAGUUUUUCCGAAAGAAUAUCUAAACUUACCAUUCAUUCUAUGGCAAAAAAGACAUCAAGAUUUGGAAUGCGUAUAUCUAGCUCAUUUGGCUUGAAAACUGUGAUUAAAGAUCAAGAAUUUGAAAAAGUUGAAAGACGAUUCACUUCAUUAGAAAAAUCACUUAAAAUAUUUCAAAAAGACAUGUUUGAUUACGUCAAGAAAAUGGAGGAACUCGUCACAACUGCUUUCCAGAUAUCUGAAGAUAUUGCUGAAUUUUAUCAAGAUAAAAAAACCCAGAAAGAAGUUGAGCAAUUUCGUAAUACUCAUAGGAGUAUUUUAACAGAGCAUUGGGAGAACUUUAAGCAAACUAUUGAAAGGAGUAUUAAUUCCCCAAUUAAAUUACUGCUGCAAAACUUUGGAGGUCCUACAAAUUUGAUACAGAAAAGAUAUGAUAAACUUUUGGAUUAUGAGUCAGCUUCUAGUAAAGUAGAAAAGAACAAAGAUGUAACAAAGAUUAAAAUGUUUCAAGAUAAUCAAAUUAUGGCAAAGAAUACAUAUGAAGCAUUGAACUCUCAACUGUUAGAUGAUCUUCCUAAACUAUGUGAUUUAUCUGUUGAAAUUUUGUAUGAUUGCAUUCGGUGCUUCCUAAGAGCAAAAAAGAAAUUUGUUGGUCGAACAACUAAAUUACUGUUCGGUCUGAUGGAUCUUCCAUUACUUCUGGGAAGCCAAGGCGGCAGUAUUUUAGAUACUUUCCAGGUGAAGCAUACGCUUGUAAUGGAUGACUUGAGCCAACUUACUAUUUUACCAAAAGAAUUGCACUCCUGUAUCAAAACAGAUACAUUAAAACGAAAUUCUGCUACUAGGGCUAGUGGAACAAGUCUUUCUGGAGCAACUGUUGUUAAAAGUCAAUCCCCAGGGCAAAAAAUUCAUGUGAAAUCAAUCUAUCCUCAUACAGACCUUUAUACCGCUUGUGAAAAUUUUGAUGCUGUUGAUAUUAUGGAUAUUAGUUUGAAAAAAGGUGAUGUUGUUGGUGUCAUCAAGCAACAAGAUCCUAUGGGUAAAAAGUUGAAAUGGUUUGUUGAUAAUGGAGAAGCCAAAGGUUUUGUUCCUGCUAAAUGCUUGGUUAAAUUCCUCCCAAACUUAUCUAGUCAGUCACCUCAAGCAGCAGCAAAUGAUUGGAACACUCUCAAAAUUUCUCCAUUGCAUUCUCAAAACAACAUGAUAAAGGAGACAUAUGCUAUGCCCCAGAAACAGUCAUCUGCUCAGAAGAAUACACAAAGUGGUACCAUUCAACCAACACGGCCAGCACCCACUCCUACUCCAUCAUUACGAGUUGUUGCUCCAUCUAGAUACCCUCCUACAACACAGGCAUCACCAAAACCACAAUCUAGAAAUUUUGCUCCAAAUCUUCCCACACAGAACCCAUCGAAUGUUCUGAUGAAUAAAAAUGUUCUUCCAUGUGAACCUGAUCACAGAUAUGAAGAAGUGUAUGAAUCUCUUGGAGGUGGAGGUCAGAACAAUGGGGAUUUAAUGAGGAAUCAAGAUGUCCCUCAAAAAUCAGACAAUAUAAUUGCUGAGUUUGACCCAUAUGCCACAUCUCAGUCAGCUCAAAACUGCUAUGAUAAUGUGUUGGAUAACUUCAAUGAGUUGUACAGUACACACAGGUAUGAAGAUAUUCCAGAAGAUUUUAAUUAUGAUCAAAUGCCAAGUGAAGAUCACUCGCAGGGUGAAGUCAACGAGUUCUAUUAUGGCAUGUAUGAUUUCUCGCCAACUGGUCCCAACCAAUUGCAUUUGAAUAAAGGACAAGCUGUGCGCGUUUUGCAUAAAUGUGAUUUAAAUAGAAACUCUGAAUGGUGGUUUGUUGAAGAUCGACAUGGGAAAAAAGGUUAUGUCCCUGCAGCUUAUCUGAACAAAUAUCCUACAACUACUGCAUAGUUUCGGGUUUAUGUUAACUUGUUGAUGUCUUCUUGUUUGUACAGCUUUAUAAAUUUUACAAAAAAUUGUUAAUAUUUGUCUAAACUUUAUGUAUAUAUUAAUCUAUAUAAAAAGAUUUGUUUUAGUUGUUUUAAAUUAGAUAUUUAUGAAUAAGGGUUUUAAAUGAAAAAAUAAAUUGUAAAACCAGUUCACUCAUUUUUAAAUAAUUUGAACAAAUCAUAUUUUGCUGGUUUGAGGAAACAUCAAAUUUCUCAGUGCAUGAUCUAUCAAAUGGGAAACAGGAAUUUAAUUUAUUGUCUAUUGUUUUGCUUUUACUGACUUUUAUUGGGCGCUUCUCCAUACUUGUAUGAGUUAAUUUUAGUAGUAUUUUUUUAACACCUAUACUGAUUAAAUACAGUUAAAUUUCUCUAUAUUUAAGCUUGAUCCAUUCCUAAAGGAUUUUUUGCACCAUUGCAGAAAUUGGUGAUUUUGCAUAAAAGCAAUAAUAUUGUGCUUUUUUAAAAAAAAUAUAUAGAAGUCAUUUCUCAAAUAUGAAAGAACAGCCUCAAAUAUAGUUAAUUUAUUAAUGUGCAUUUUAUUUUUAAGACAUUUAUUUGAAAUAUUAAAUAUUGCAGAAUAUUUCAUAAAUAUAUAAGAUCUGCAUGUAAUAUACAAGAUCUGAAUAUUUCAUAAAUAUAUAAAUAAUUUUUCCGACAAUGUUUUUAAAUUCUAUUAUUAUCUGUGGAAUAGCUCAGUGACUAUAAAUGAUCCCUGAUCUGUUAAAAUUAUUUUUUGUCUCCCAUUGUUUUAUUUUUUACUUUUCUGUAAGUAAAUAAAAAAAUAUUAUCUUCUUAUGUCUCGUUUCACACACACACCUCUCACUAUAUUAUUAUAUUGUCAAUUUUGUCCUAUUAAGUUAUUGUUUUAGGGCUUUUUUUUGUUUGUUUGUUUGUAUCAUGUCUCCCUUUUGUAUAUUUUAAGUCUAAAGCUCAAUUUUCUAAAUUGAUUUAUUUUAUUAAAAUAUGCAUUCCCAUUUAUUAUGCUCAAAAAAUGUUUCUAUGCACUGAGAAAUUUGAAUCAAUAAUAAUAGUAAUUUUAUUAUUAUUGUUAUUGAAUUUUAUGGUGGCUAAGAGUAAUUAAAGUACAGCUGGAAUCGAAUAAUACAAAUUUUAUCUUGUUUAUUAUUCUUUUAAGUCAUAUAAUAUUUUAUGUUUUUGAUUUUUAUGGAUUAAAUUUGAAUUUGUGGUAUAAGAAUCUCAUUUUUUAUAAAUAAGUAUUUUGAGAUAUUUUGAUAAUUUAAAUUUGUAAUUUAAAAAUUCUUAAAAACUGCAAAUGUAUUGCAGAUUGAAAUAAAAACUGAUUUUAAGUUGUAAUGUGUGUUGUUUAAAUAGGUAAUUUCUACAGUAAUUUAGAAAUAUUUUUGGUUUUCUAUUUUUCAAAUUCUUGCAUUUUGGUAUAAAUGCACAGAUUUUCUGCAAGAUGUGUAAGAAAGUCAACUAUGCAUAAGUAUUUUAUGCUAAUUACGUGGUGUUUAAAUAAAAAUUAAUAAUUGAAGAUAUUUGUUUGAAUUAAACAAAUUAUUUGUUAAGAAAUUGUGAAAUUGUAUUAACUGAAAGAUGAAACCCAGCUGAGGGAGGGGGGGGGAAUUAAACUUAUAUACAUUAAUGACAUAUAUCACAUGGUUGAUUAUUAUUCUAUAGUGGAAUUUUUUUCUGCUUCUUAUUGUAUUCUUAAAAUACAGAAAUAACCUUUUUUAAAUAUUUUAGAAGAAUUCUGAAUUACUAUUUAUGUAAUGUAUAGUUAGAUUGAUAGGUAUAGUGUAUAGAUAGAAUAAGUGCUUUCAUUUGUAAUAAAUAAAGCUAAUCUAUUUUUUAUAUGAAAAUUUAACAGUUUAUUUGUCAUAAAAAUGUUCUGAUCUAAUCUGUACUUAAUUUCUGAUUCUCACUAAUUAUUUCAUUUCAUAUGUAUAACUUCAUAAAAUUUAAAAUAUUAUAAGGUAUUAAUAAUUUAUUUGUAUGCAUGAAUUGCUCUUAAUGAAGAUAAACUUCCAUUUAUGAUAGUAUUGUCAAAUUUUUAAUAAUUUAUUUUCUUAAAAAAUUUGGUAAUAACUUUAAGUAUGUUAGAAAAUUAGUUUGAAAAACUAGGUGUUUGAUUCGUUGAAAUUGAGAAAUGGUUGAAUGGCUCUGGCCUCAGCCGAUAAUGUGAUUUGUAAAUUGUAGCUAUAAUUUUAAGUUUGAAUCAUGAUUUUGAUUUAUUCAUGAUGAUUCAGUACAAGCUUCUCGUGUGUGUUCUUUUCUUUUCAUCAAACUUCAAAAUAUUAAUUAUGUUUUGCUCUUUACUGUGAUACUAAUUGAAAUUUUAUUUUACAAAUGCAUAAUUUAUCUUAUUUUUCUUCUGUUAUUUUGUGAUAAUUGAAUACUAAUCUGCUAUUAUUUUCUGAUUUAACUUUAAGUAAAUAAGAGAAUACAAUACUAUUUUUUUUAGGAAAGGCAUUUUAAUAUGGUUCAUGUUUGUUUAUCUGUAUCGUUUUAAUAUUAGAUAUCAUUCUUUUACGAUUCUAGAAGAAAAUUCUUUAUUUUAUAAUUUUUUUUAUAAUUGAUUUAUAUUUAUUUUUAUAUUAAAUGACUGCAAAGAGGAAACAUAUAUUAAAUCUUAUGUUUUGAUUUAUUUUUUGAAUUUUUUUUCUUUCCCUUGACUUUUAUUUAGUUUGAUAAGUCUUUUCUCCAUUUUCUUAAAUGCCUGUUUUUGGCUUGACUUGAAAACUUGGUUUAUAAUCCAUAUAUUGUAAUUUUUUUUUUUUGAGUUUUAGUUCAGCCUUAAUAAAUAUUUCAAAAAAAUUUUUUUGAAGAAAUAGCUUGAACAUUAUAAUUUUUUAAAAAUCUCUUAUUUGACACUAAAUGUUAGACCUAAUGUUUAAAUAUUCAUUUAAAGUGGAUACAAUGCAUUUCAAUCAUAAUUAUUUUUUGUAUGUGUGUAUAUAUGUAUGUAUGUAAAUUACAUCUAUUGUAAAAACAAUACUUUAAAAAAAAAUCUUUUUAAAAACUCAGAGUUUAUGAAUUGAUGCUUUAAAAAUUUUUUGUCAUGUUUAAACACUCUAGGAUUUGAAAUGCUUAAUCACGCUCUUUUUAAAAAUAUUUUUAAUGGAGUCUUCCGAAAUAAAAUUUAAAAAGUCGUGUUAAAAGUUGUAAAAAGUUUAUCAGCUCUCAUGCAUUAGAAUUUGUAAUUUUAUGUAUAGGAGAGUUGAAAUUUUAUGUUUCCUCAUUUCAAUUAUUUAAAAAUAUUAUUUAGUAGCUGCAUGAUAAUCAUAUGCACUGUGUUCAAAAUUAUAAAGUUAAAAUUUAAGAACUGUAACUUAUUAAUCAACAUUUUCUUGUUCAUUUAAUUUUAACUUUUGAAUGAAAAUUGCAUUUGUGUUUUUGUGUUCCAUUUUAACUUUAGAAAGUAAUAUCUGUUUGUAAAUACAAAUGGAAACUAAAUUUCAUUUGGAAUUACUCUCUAUUAAUUAUAAAGAAAAUAGUUAAACUUUAAAAGAAUGAUUUAAAAAAAAACAUUUAUGCAUGGAAUUUCACAAUUCUCACAAAUUAAGAAUUGCACAUCAUUUUAUGUUUGGGAUAUCCAAAACCUAUUUCUUUUUGUAGCAUUAAAAAUUUAAACUGAUACAAUGUUUUCUUGUUCAUCUGCUAUGCACUCAUUUAAAAAUCUGUGAUGUAAAUAAAGCACAAAGUUUUACAUUUAUAAUCUUCCAACUAUAAAAAGCUUUGUAUUCUAUUCUUAAAAGUAUUUGGCUGCUUUUAUGUCGAUGUAUAAAGUUUUGAAACAAUUUAUUGUUUUCUAGAUAUGAAUGAUAAAUAACUUCCAGCCCUUGUAACAGUGAAUGUUGAUUGCAUAUGUAUUGUUAAAAGAUAUGAGUGCCUUCAAUUCAAGUGUGAACUGUGUGUUUCAAAUGACAUUCUUUGAAGUUGUCUGCUCCUUGUAAACUGAGUUUGAUAGAGUCUACUGCAAUAAAUUUGGGGCCAAAAAAUUUGUAUUAUAGUUUCGUAUUGUAUAUUCUUUAUUUUUCAAUUCAGUCAUUACUUAUUGAAGCAAAAAUUCAUUUACA